CAACCGCAGCGACACGCCACCACCAGAGCGCGCCAACCUCGUGCUCGUGAACACACACACACACACACGCAGCUAGCCAACCGUCUAGCGCGGAUGGCCACCUCGGGCCACGCCGCCGUGGUGGUCGACAUCGACAUCGACGAGCCAGCCUCGUGCGGCGGCAACGCCGAUGCGGCGGGCACGCGACAGCUGCUCCCACCGGUUGUGCUCCCGCCGGUGACGUACGUGCUCCGUUUCACCGACCUGUCGUACAGUGUGAAGAAGCGCGGCGGCGGUCUGGGCUGCCUGCUGCCUCGGCGGCGGCCCAGCAACCGCCUGGCGUCCUCGGACGCGCCGGCGCCGGCGCCGUCCGACACCACCACCAAGACCCUUCUCGACGGCAUCUCCGGGGAGGCGCGGGACGGGGAGCUGCUGGCGGUCAUGGGCGCGAGCGGGUCGGGCAAGUCGACGCUGGUGGACGCCCUGGCGGGGAGGAUCGCGCGCGGCAGCCUCCGCGGCGGCGUCACGCUCAACGGGGAGCCGCUGCAGGGCCGGCGCCUGCGCGCCAUCUCCGCGCACGUGAUGCAGGACGACCUGCUGCACCCGAUGCUGACGGUGCGCGAGACGCUGCGGUUCGCCGCCGAGUUCCGCCUCCCGCGCGCGCUGCCCGCCGACCGCAAGCGCGCGCGCGUCGACGCGCUCGUCGACCAGCUCGGGCUGGCCCGCGCCGCCGACACCAUCAUCGGCGACGAGGCCCGCCGCGGGGUGUCGGGCGGGGAGCGCCGCCGCGUGUCCAUCGGCACCGACAUCAUCCACGACCCCAUCCUGCUGUUCCUCGACGAGCCCACGUCGGGCCUCGACUCCGCCAGCGCGUUCAUGGUGGUGCAGGUGCUCCGCCGCAUCGCGCGCAGCGGCAGCGUCGUCAUCAUGACCGUCCACCAGCCCAGCGCGCGCAUCCUCGGCAUCCUCGACCGCCUGCUCCUGCUCUCGCGCGGCCGCACCGUGUACGCCGGCACGCCCGCGGGGCUCAAACCUUUCUUCGCCGCCUUCGGCGCGCCUAUCCCGGACAACGAGAACCCGGCCGAGUUCGCGCUUGACACCAUCCGCGAGUACGAGAGCAGCCCCGGCGGCGCCGCCCCGCUCGCCGACUUCAACGUCAAGUGGCAGCGCGGCGGCGACGCGCCCGCCGAGGGCAAGCUCAUGCCACUGGAGCUCGCCAUCGCUGAGAGCGUGUCCCGCGGGAAGCUGGUGGCCGGGAGCGGUCGUCCCGGCGGUGGCGGUGGCGGCGGCGCGGCCACCGGGUCGUCGGUGCCGACGUUCGCCAACCCGCCGUGGACGGAGGUGUGGGUCCUCAUCAAGCGCUCCUUCACCAACACGGGGCGCAUGCCGGAGCUCUUCCUGAUGCGCCUCGGGACCAUCAUGGUCACGGGCUUCAUCCUGGCCACCAUCUUCUGGCGCCUCGACGACAGCCCCAAGGGCGUGCAGGAGCGGCUGGGCUUCUUCGCCAUGGCCAUGUCCACCACGUUCUACGUGUGCGCCGACGCGCUGCCGGUGUUCGUGCAGGAGCGCCACAUCUACCUCCGUGAGACCGCGCACAACGCCUACCGCCGCGCCUCCUACGUGCUGGCCAACGCCGUCGUCGCGUUCCCACCGCUGGUGCUCCUGUCGCUGGCGUUCGCGGUCACCACGUUCUGGGCGGUGGGGCUCGCGGGCGGCGGCCCCUCGUUCCUCUUCUUCGUGCUCAUCAUCCUCGCCUCCUUCUGGGCGGGCAGCGGCUUCGUCACCUUCCUCUCCGCGGUGGUGCCGCACGUCAUGCUGGGCUACACGGUGGUCGUCGCCAUCCUCGCCUACUUCCUCCUCUUCUCGGGCUUCUUCAUCAACCGCGACAGGAUCCCGGACUACUGGAUCUGGUUCCACUACUUGUCGCUGGUCAAGUACCCGUACCAGGCGGUGCUGCAGAACGAGUUCAGCGACGCCUCGCGCUGCUUCACGCGCGGCGUCGAGAUGUUCGAGGGCACGCCGAUAGCGCACAUGACGGAGGCCGUCAAGCUCAAGGUGAUGCAGGCCAUCAGCGACACCCUGGGCUCCAACCUCACGGCCAACACCUGCGUCACCACCGGCGCCGACGUGCUGGCGCAGCAGGCCGUCACGGACAUUGGAAAAUGGAACUGCCUGCUGGUGACCGUGGCGUGGGGCUUCUUCUUCAGGGCGCUCUUCUACGUCGUCUUGCUCGUUAGCAGCAAGAAUAAGAGGAAGUAAAUUAAUUAAUUAAUUAGCAGGUUGAUUAAACUUAUAUAAAAUAAUGCACGUGUGAUAUUGUGAUGUAGCUAGGGAUGAUGGAGCAAAUGCAUAACACCAGAUGUAAAUUUAUUGUUUUUGUUUUUUAAUAAGAAAUAUACACAUUGUUUGUCAUGUUUUGUUUUUUUAA